AUGCCCGACUUUUUGACGACGGACCUGAACAGCAAAAGCAGUGCUGGUACCACUGAUGUCGAGAAGCAGCUCACCCAUGAGGGUUCUCUUGUACCAGUCGCAGCUCCAAAGACCUUGGGGGCCGGAACAGCACUUCCGAUUGGAGUCUUCGCGACGACUUUGACCACGCUAUCGCUUAGUCUCAUGGAAUGGCGAGGAGUAACCACCAACAAUGUCUUCGUCGCCAAUUUCUUCUUCGCAGCGGCUUUCGGCAAGUCAACAACGUAUACGUUGUGCCUGGUGGUUACUGCACAGUGGGAGCUCUCAGUCGGUAACGGCUUCGCUUACACAGUGUUCAGCGCAUUUGGCCUAUUUUAUGCUGGUUAUGGGGCGAUAUUAACACCAGCCUUCGGUGUUGAGGCAGCAUAUGGAGACAAUGUGAACGAAUACAAUAACGCUCUCGGGUUCUUUAUGAUCAGUCAGUUUCUCAAGACCGCCGAUGAAAGACAGUGCGACUAA